CGAGGCGGAGAGAGCGCUCAGUGAAUGGAGUUGGGGGGGGGAGUUGCCUUCGCGGAUGUGUCCCUGCGCUCACAAGAAGGAGGUGUUGGUCUCUUGUCUCCAGCGUGUGCAUCUAUUCGGAGGACAGGAACGAUAGGCUGCCUUUCGGAUGCGAACGUGCAAUCAUGUCACGAGCGCCGGACUGUGCAACGAGGACAUCUGAAUAAUCCAUACAGGCGAUAAGCGGACUCUACAGGAAUAAAGCAAUGGGUGGCCAGAUAACGCGAAAUGCCUUUUACGACUCCCUCGGUGGCCCGUUCCCGUCCACGUCACACAGAUGCCACCACAAACCCAAGAGGUGCCUGCCCAUCCAGUGUGGCAGCGUUGGCGGGCCCCUUCCCAUCAGCCCACUUCUGUUCCAUCCAAACGCCAAGGGAUCCCAAAUCGUCAUGGACCUCGCCCAGAAGACAGUCAAGAGGCAGGCCAGUUUCUGCAACGCCAUCACCUUCAGCAACAGGCCCAUAGCGCUCUAUGAGCAAGUCCGCCUCAAGAUUACUAAAAAGCAGUGUUGCUGGAGCGGGGCUCUACGUCUGGGCUUCACCGCCAAAGACCCCUCCAGGAUAAACCCAGACAACCUGCCCAAGUAUGCCUGCCCUGACCUGGUGUCCCAGAGUGGCUUCUGGGCCAAGGCCCUGCCUGAGGAGUUUGCCAAUGAGGGCAACGUUAUCGCCUUUUGGGUAGACAAGAAGGGCAGAGUUUUCUACCGCAUUAACGAGUCCAGUCCCAUGCUGUUCUUCAGCGGAGUCCGCACAGCUGAGCCCCUCUGGGCACUCAUUGAUGUUUACGGUCUGACCCGCGGAGUGCAGCUGCUAGACAGCGAGAUUGUUCCUCCUGACUGCCUGCGCCCACGCUCCUUCACCACAGUACGCUCCUCCUCUCUCCGGCGUGAAGCUGACGACUCCCGUCUGUCCGUCAGCCUGUGUGACCUCAACCUGCAGCAGGAGGACGGACGUAACGUCCACAAUCACUCCCACCGCCACACCCUUCACCUGGCCUCAGCCUCCUCAUCCUCCACCUGCCCCAUUCCCCAGAACUCCAUCAACUCCCAGCAGUCCUCCCUACUGCCAUCCGCCCUGGAGAGCGACCUCCACUUCCACCAGCUGCGUGGCGCCCACAUCAAGACGCUGGACGAGCAGACAGUGGCAAGAUCUGAGCAUGCACGAGAGGAACGCACUCUGGUCUUUACCAACCGGCCCCUGCGCACUGGAGAGACUGUCUUCAUCAAAGUCACCAAGUCCAGCCCAGCACGCUCGGGCUCAUUGUCCUACGGUGUGACGUCCUGUGACCCAGCGGUGCUGCGCCCCAGUGACCUGCCCUACAACCCAGAGGCUCUGGUGGACAGGAAGGAGUUUUGGGCGGUGUGUCGGGUGCCGACGCCUCUCCAGAGCAGCGACAUCCUGGGCUUCUUGGUCAACCAGGAAGGAGAGGUCAUCCUCAGCCACAACGGCACUAACGUGGGGAUGCAGGUGUGUGUGGACAACUCCCGCCCACUCUGGAUGUUCUUUGGUCUCCAUGGGGCUGUGACUCAACUGAGGAUUCUGGGUUCCACUCAUCUCGGGGAUCCGCGGGCCACAUCGAACCCCAGCUCGCCCUCCUCCUCUCCGCACACCCCGAGCGCCCUGGGCAGUGGCAGCUCUGAUCCAGUGCUUAACGGAGGCCUGUGCUCCGCUGCUUACUGCAGCUCAGCAGGGGGAACAACUCCAAAUUCACCUGUCAGCCUCCCCAAGUCACCUACGUUUCCAGCAGGCCGUGGGCCUUGGUCCGACGAGUGCUCCAUCUGCUACGAGAACACGGUGGACACGGUCAUCUACGCCUGUGGACACAUGUGUCUGUGCUACACCUGCGGCCUCAAGCUCAAGAAGAUGUCCAACGCUUGCUGUCCCAUCUGCAGAAGGCAGAUCAAAGACAUUAUCAAAACCUACCGGAGCACGUAAGGGGACGAUGGCUGACGAAUGUACGGCCUCCCUAAGAGCAGCAAAAUCCCAGAGUCAGGGGAAGAAAUGUCUAAGUUCAGGGAAUACGAACUCUGGUACUUUAAUUUGGUAUUUUCAUACGGUUAUUGCUGGUUGGUUCACUCGCCUGACCUUUAAUCAAAGUUGGUGCCGCCUUGCUGGGAAGGUCUCUUGUCUCAGCCUCCACAUGUGAUCGGAGGUUCCACUGAGAACUUUACUCUUGCCAGAGGUGUUUGCUCUCUCCUGGAAGACUUUGAAGGAAAAACUGAAACAAUUCCAAAAUUCUUCUUUUGUUGAGCCAUGUAAGAUUUAGGGACUGUCACCCAUUUGCACCGAAGCAAAUGAGUCACUUUGGGGCUGAAUGUCUCGAUAAUAGUUCUCUUAGAGGAUGACUGAAGCUCUGAAAUACGCUGUCAACCUGAUGCGUAUUUCUGACAUACACUCUGACAGGUAAUCAUCUCAGUAUGUCACAACUUGUGUCUGUGUGUUACUGAGCAUUGGAAGAGAAGUCAGUCUGGCAUCGUAAUGAAGUGAUGGAUUUCUGUAAUUGUCGUGGUGAUUAUCAGUGUGUGAUGUGCUUAGAGAUGCAAGGCGGUGCUGGGUAUACUAAGUAGGAUUGUAACACCUCUUGUACUCGUAUAAUCUAAUGUACCUUUAUGGUAGUUCUAUUGCAAAUGUCGGUGGUAGCUAUAUUGUUGUGCUAGCUAGCUGCUUGCUCUGCAAUGUGGUAUGUUGCACUGAAAUCAGCAUUGUCCUCUUAGAAACUCCCCGUUAUAGACAGAGAGGAUAAAGACACUUAUCGGUUCAAAUCAUACAAACCUGCGUCCAGCAGACUCAGCAGCUCCGAAUCUAUAAAAGGAAGCAGGAAGUGAAAGAAACAUUUGAAUUCUCCUCAGGGCCAGCAGUCUUUUUUUAAGAUGAAGUAUUUUCCCAAACUUUACCUAUAACCAUGCCUAAUACACUGUGAGCGCUCAUGAUGAAUUGACAGGACCUCUAAAAUAGAUCCCAUCAGUGGUGUAGUGGUAGCUGAUGAGAUGGUAUACUGCUAGGUAGAGGGGUAGGUUACCAAGAAGGAAGUGGGUAUACUCUCCUGAUUAUUCCAAUGACUUUUUGACUGAUGGGUGGGAAAAAGAGGUGAGUAUACCCCUUAUACCUACAUAUACCCUCCACUAUACCACUAACUCUCAUACCAACACAUAAAGUCAAAGGAUUGUCGCCACCACAGAUACAACACAGCCUCCUGCCUUAAACCAGAAUAGGUUCAUUUAUAACACACGGAUGUAUCAUAUUGUGUUUCCUGCCGUUUUCCAAAACUCUCAACACGCUACCAAAUAAUGCUGUUGUGUGGCACAAACUGUCACAAAAUGUUUACUCAGAGGAGAAAAAGCACACAAAUUUAAAAUUAUUUUUGUAACGCAAAUCAAUGACAUUUCUGAUGUUUAACUGAAAUGUUUAAUAACCUUUGUGACAGGCCUUUCACCAGCAGCAAAGAUCCUUUACAGAAAUCAGUUCAGGGUAGGGAUGCACCGAUUGUUAAAUUCUGAGCCGAUAACUGGACCGAUAUUUAAAAUAAAAAUUUGGCCAAUAGCUGAUGCUGAUGUUUUUUAGUUCAUUCAUUCAUUCAUUCGUAAACUGCAUUUCCUGUUGGGGGCCUCCCCAAGCUGAUAUUGGGCAAGAGGCAGGGUACACCCUGGACAGGUCGCCAGACUAUCACAGGGCUGACACAUAGAGACAGACAACCAUUCACACUCACAUUCACACCUACGGACAAUUUAGAGUCACCAGUUAAACUGCAUGUCUUUGGACUGUGGGAGGAAGCUGGAGUACCCUGAGACAACCCACGCUGACACAGGGAGAACAUGCAAACUCCCUCACCCCGGUUUCGAACCCCCCGCUUUGGGUUUGGAUCAGGGAACCUCUUGCUGUGAGGUGACAAUGCUGAACACUGCAGUACCGUGCCACGUGAUCCUUCGAGCCUGGAUGAACCAGCAACCUAAGGAUCCUUAGGUUGCCUUUUUAUCGACAUAUAUAUUAUAUAUAUUUAUAAUGCCCCCAAUAUUUGUCUUUUAUUGCCUUGAAAAAGCAAUAUAAACUGUUUUUAUUCCAAUUUUUUGACAAAAACUACAUUUUUCACAAUUAAAUUUAAACACACCAUAAGAACGUUAGAAAUUACCUUCAGCUCCAGCUCUAGCUACCAGAUGCUAACAGCUAACAUUCUCCCAUUGAUUUUAACAUUGGUUUGUUGUUCAAUGUAGGAUUAUCAGGGAAUAAAAAUGGUGCGUAACCUGACGUGUCAUAGUGAGUUUACAGCGCUCUUUCGUCCCAGUGGAGUCCCUGGGAAGAUCUAUGUUUGUCCCAAACAUGUUUUCUGUCGCCCCUGGGAAGACAGAACAGCAUUCGUCUCAAGUCCUGGUUUUUAGCCUGCGCAAAAUUGAUGUGACACAACAGAAAAACACCGGCCACUGCCAUUGGCGAAUGUCAUCUAAUUUGCCGAUCGGCUGAUGGCAGUCAACAAGGCGAAUAUCGGCCGUUAAGGAUCGGUGCAUCCCUAGUUCAGGGGCAGGGAAAUUAAAAAAAAAAAAAAAAAAAAAA